GGAUAAGGCAUAAACUUUAUUUAUUUAAAGUAAAUUGAUAUUUUACGGCUGUAUUUCUUGCUGCAGUUUGUUAAAACCAACUGAACAUACGUAAAUUCAAACGCUGAACACACUAGGCUAUAUUCAAACAUUAUAUCCUUGUUCUAAUGUAGGCCUAUUUAAUUUUCAGUCAUCAUGCCAUCUGUCUCUCAUGUUCAUGUAAGCUUCGUUCGGCUGUGUCGAAUUCAUAGCCGCUGUCAUUUCUGCUGACCACCAGAGAUCGCUGCGUUGUCUUCGAUGCUUUGAUGCUUCGGAUCAUUUUGCGAUACAAUCAGGAAGAAGCCUCAAAAGCUUCACAAGGCUUCGUUCGCCCAUCACUAAUUAAAUAUUGCAUUAAACAAACCGCCCUGUCUUCUUCGGACCAAAACUCUUAAACACGUCCAAACGCAUGCGCCCGCCGUCUCUCCCGAUGACCGGGUAGCAGAAUCACGAACCCUUCCAGAUAAAUCUUACCCAGAUACAGUGCUGCUAUUUUCUGAUUGGCUAGACGGGCUCUGGUGCGACGGAUUAAAGUCAAUGGUUCGUGUCAUCCUUGUGUGGCUACAUGCCCAACAAGUUUCAUGUACACAUCUUUCAGUGUCCUGGGAAUCGUUGACAUACAAUUACUGAAGAAAAAAAAUCCGGAAGAAACACUGCGCUGCGUGGCGGUCAUAAUAAAUAUCUCCAAAGUGCUUCUGUCUAGUUGUUGUGUGAGUAGACGACACUCGCGAAUUUGUUGGCCCACCCUCCUAGGCUCUAUCAUAACAAGUGACGUGGUUAUGUUGAAACCGAAAGUAGCCAGUAGCCACACCAUUUUAGAAAAGUAUAUUCGACAGCCAGGCAGGCAACUCCGUGCAGCAUAUACACCGUAUUUCCAAACAAUUUGACAUAAUUGUGCUGCAGGUGAGACACAAGUCCUGGAAUAAGUGAAGAGGCAGAGGAGGCAGCAGGUCACAGUAGACCAGAGUCUGCAGUGCACAGAUGUAAACAUGAACAAGAACAAUACAUCAACACAGACCAAUGCAGGUAGACCACAGACACACAGACCUCCGUCACCAGUGCCCAGCUGUGUGUCCAUGAGGAGUGACUGGUCCAAGGAUGGUGAUCUGCCCAACUUCAGCACUGGGACAGUCCCACCUGAUGCAAAUAGACCACAGACACACAGACCUCCGUCUCCAGUGCCCAGCUGUGUGUCCAUGAGGAGUGACUGGUCCAAGGAUGGUGAUCUGCCCAACUUCAGCACUGGGACAGUCCCACCUGAUGCAAAACCACAGACACACAGACCUCCGUCUCCAGUGCCCAGCUGUGUGUCCAUGAGGAGUGACUGGUCCAAGGAUUGUGAUCUGCCCAACUUCAGCACUGGGACAGUCCCACCUGAUGCAAAUAGACCACAGACACACAGACCUCCGUCUCCAGUGCCCAGCUGUGUGUCCAUGAAGAGUGAUAAGUCCAAGGAUGGUGAUCUGUCCAACUUCAGCAUUGGGACAGUCUCACCUGAUGCAAAGUGAGUGAUCAGCUCUUAG